AUAAAACACGAAGAAGAAGAAGAAGUUCUCUCUCCGGUGCAGACAUAAACAAACCGCCCACGUGUUUCUGUAGUUGUGAAUGUUAACGGUGAGAACCGGGACCGGGAGGAGAGACGGUUCGACGGUUCGACGGUUACCCGGUUACCAUGGUGAAGUGCGUGGUCUCCCGGUGUCUGAACCGCAUGGUGUCGGUUAACCGAGGAGUCUUCAACCGACCCAGAAAGAGAUUCUUCAACUUCCCCAAAGACCCGACCCGAGUCAAGGUAUGGCUGGCAGCGCUGAGGGAGACGGAGCAGCAGGACGCCACCGAGCAGCAUUUCAUCUGUGAAGACCACUUCCUGCCGGAGGACAUCUCCACCAACGGGAUCAACCGGGGCGCCAUUCCCAUCAUGCCCCCGUACCUGGACGGGCCGCUGGGCCUGGUCAGCCCCUGGGCAGCCGAGUCCUCCGAGGAAGAGGAGCAGGAGGAUGAAGAGGAGGAGGAGGAGGAUGAAAGUGGAGAUGAUGCACCACAGCAGAAUCCAGGUGGAGGUUUGCAGAAUCCUCCAGAGGCCGAGAGAUCCAGUGCUUCUCUUCCACAGAGGAAACAGUCAAAUCCGUCCCAGAGAUUCUGCAGACAGGACGUGUCUCUGGGGCUGCUGACUCUGCGUUUCCUGAAGCUGCUGCUGGCGGCUCCGGGCGGCGUCCUGGAUCUCAGGGAGGUGGCGGCGAACCUGCAGACCCACAAACGGCGAGUCUAUGACAUCACGCACGUCCUGAAUGGCUUCAACCUCAUCCAGAAGGAGUCGAACAACUGGGUGAAGUGGAUAGGACAGACUCCCAUCUCCAGCUUUCUGUGGAGGAACCAGCAGAAGUUCCAGAGAGAGGUGGAGAACCUGAAGCUGGUGGAGGACCAGCUGGACGGCCUCAUCAGAAGCUGCUCCCAGCAGCUCUUCGACAUGACGGACGACGUGGGAAGCUCUGCGUCGGCCUACGUGACCCACGAGGACAUCAGCCGGCUCCGAUCCGUCCAUCAGCAAACGUUGAUCGUUGUCAAAGCGCCGGAGGAGACGAAGCUGGAGAUUCCUGCACCACAAGAGGACAGUAUCCAGGUCCAUCUGAAGGCGGAGAUGGGUCCCAUCACGGUGCUGACCUGUGAAAUGGGGUCAGGAGACGCCGCGACCUCUGACCCCGGCUUCUUUAUAACACUGGAGGAGAGCCGGGUCAGGACGACCACGCUGCACACAGCAACAUGAGGCUUCGGGUCAGAGCGCGUAGCCUUCAGCCGACCAGCAGGAGACGCCGGCCGUCCUCAAACCUGGAAAACACGACGAGGCGGUGACAUCAUAGAUCGUCCGCAGGUACCUACAGGUCGCACAAAAGUGUCAAACACACAACACGUCCUGCACACAUGACGGGAUACAUGAUGGAGGUUUUCUACUGAAUGUUGCGAAGAGAGAUUAAAACACAAACGCACCUAAAUCAUCAAUCAAUAACUAUUAAACUGUAGAUUUAUGGAUCAUUUUGCACCAGUGAAAGAAGUUUUUAAUUGAACUCAGACUGGGAAAAAGUUGUGUAAAAUCAUGAAAACUAUUUUUUUAUUUUUAUAUGAGGAGUGAAUUAUUAUGCUGUGAAUUAUUUUUCCUGUUUUUGUCUUUUCUUUGUGUUUUCAAUAUAAAAAAACAACGUUUUUUCUGUAAACAAUAAAACAAUAACUUGUAUAAGACCUGAA